AUGGUUCGCUUGGUACUGCACGAGGUGCGCCAUGUGCUGAUGGCAAUGUUUUAUAUAUCCCGGUGUUUAACAGCAAAAAUACAAAAUUCUAACGCAGAUAAAUACAUCUACUGGUUUUUAACAAUGAUUCCAAUCGCCAUGCUGUGCAUACCACAGUUCGCAUAUUUGCUCGUCGAUUCGAAAGGACUCAUCGAAUUCGUCUCGGUGCUGGUACCGUUCACCGAGAUACUGCUAACAAACCUAAAAAUGAUUAUUUGCAACAUAAAGCGCCAGAAAAUUAUCAACCUUAUUAACGAAAUACAAGCAGAAUGGACGGAAUAUCAAAAAUCGGACAAUCACGAAAUACAGUCGCUAAUUACGGCCACCGUUAAGAGGACGCGUAUUUUUGUCAUCGUCUACACAACGGUGUUCGUGAUCAUUUGCUUGGAGUACGCAUCGAUGCCGUUGUUUAAGUUUGUGUAUCAUAAUUUAUUUUCUAAAAGCCCUUCCAACUUUACCGUUACGAUACCGUACUCGUCAAGAUUCUUCUACAGUACGGAAAUUCAUACCAGCUUCUCGUUGACGUAUUUCUUCGUCAUGGUAGGUGUUUACCUGCUGGCACUUACUCUCAGCGGCUUUGAUAGCUUGUUUUCAACGCUCGCCAUGCACAUUACGACGAUGUUUAAGUUUUUGAAGAUAGAAAUCGACCAGCUGGGCUUGGACAUGCGUGCCGGUACAGGUCGUGCGGAAAUACGCGACAAGAUGAAGCGAAUUAUAUUGAAACACAAAAUUAAUCUUUCCCUGAUCGAGCAACUAGAGGACGGUUUCAGCUUCUAUUUGAUGGUGCAAUUUCUAACCAGUUCGAUUGUUGUUUGCGUUGUGCUGUACGAGUUAACGAUUGUUUUCGGUUGGAAUGAGGAUACAUUCAAGACGCUCACCUAUCUGCCGGGUGCCAUACUGCAGCUCUUCCUGUUCUGUUGGUACGCUCAGAACAUCACAGAAGAGGCGAACCUAGUUGCCGACCAUAUUUACAACAUUCCCUGGUACUUGAGUGACACGCCGCUGCAAAAAACCAUUCUCACGUUCAUGGUUAAGGCACAGAAACCGACCGGUGUUACGGCGUCAAAAUUUUACAUGGUCACAUUACAGAGCUUUCAGAGGAUUAGUAGUACCUCUUACUCGUACUUCACAUUACUGCAAACCAUCAACCAGCAAUAA